ACUCAAUACAGGAGAGUUUUGUUGGAAGUUAGAAAGUUUUGCAGCCUCCAGAGGGCUGUAGCGGCAGUAGCAGCAACAGCAGGCAAAGCAGGCGGGCGGGCGAGCGAGUAGCAUCCGAGGGACGCCGAGGGAAGGAGGAGGUGGGGGGGGAGAGAGAAAGAGAGAGAGAGAGGAAGAGCCAGAGCCACUGACUCAGUCCUUUAAGCGAAAUUUGAACAAUAAAUAAAUAAAUAAAAAAGAGGAAAAGCUGCCUGCAGGAAGAGGAGGAGGAAGAGGAAGGGAAGGAGGAGGAGGAGGAGAAGAAGACGACGACGACGAAGCAGCAGCAGCAGCAGCAGCAGAGAGCAAGGAGGCGGCUGCGGCGGCGGCAGAAGCAGACAUGGAACAUCAGCUGCUCUGCUGCGAAGUGGAGACCAUCCGGAGAGCCUACCAAGAUGCCAACCUCCUCAAUGACAGGGUCUUGCAGACGAUGCUGAAGGCGGAGGAGACCUGCUCGCCUUCCGUCUCCUACUUCAAGUGCGUGCAGAAGGAGAUCUUACCAUAUAUGAGGAAAAUAGUGGCGACUUGGAUGUUGGAGGUUUGUGAGGAACAGAAAUGCGAAGAAGAAGUUUUCCCCUUGGCUAUGAAUUAUUUGGACCGUUAUCUUUCUUUAGAACCCCUUAAGAAAAGCCGUUUGCAACUGUUGGGAGCUACCUGCAUGUUCGUGGCCUCCAAAAUGAAGGAAACCAUUCCUCUCACUGCAGAAAAACUGUGUAUUUAUACCGAUAACUCCAUUAGACCCAACGAAUUACUGCAAAUGGAACUGCUCCUGGUGAAUAAGCUGAAAUGGAAUCUGGCUGCCACGACCCCUCAUGAUUUUAUCGAACAUUUUCUAAAUAAAAUGCCUGUGGCAGAGGACAGCAAGCAGAUCAUCCGUAAACACGCCCAGACUUUUGUGGCUCUAUGUGCUACAGAUGUAAAGUUUAUUUCGAAUCCACCUUCCAUGAUUGCAGCUGGUAGUGUGGUAGCAGCUGUGCAAGGCCUUCAUCUUGGAAACACUAACACAUUUCUCUCUUAUCAAUGCCUCACACAUUUCCUAUCAAAGGUUAUCAAAUGUGACCCGGAUUGUUUACGAGCCUGCCAAGAACAGAUUGAGUCCCUCCUUGAAUCUAGUCUACGCCAGGCCCAACAACACAACAUAUCUUCAGAAACAAAGACUGUUGAAGAUGAAGCUGAUCUUUCCUGCACACCCACUGAUGUUAGAGAUGUGAAUAUUUAAGGAGGACCUUCGUUGGAUUUGCUUGGCAGUACCGGCAAAUGACAAAAGGGCAUCUGAGAAGGAAUCGGAAUCAAGAUCUUCUCCCCUAUGAAAACCUUUUCUCCAGGACUUUUUAUACCAGAAGGGAAAACGUUAUUCAUUCUUUUCUUCAUUAUUCCUUCCUUCCAUUUGUGACUUUAACAAGGUGACCCCCACCCCAUCCCCCAACUGUCUUAAAAAAGAAAAAAAUAGUAUUUGCAUGAUCUCAAGGGGUUUGAGCUACAAAAAUAGAAGAUUUUAUACAGUAAUAAUCAAUUAGGGUUAUAUAUAUAUCUAUAUCUAUAUAUAGAUAUAUAUAGGUAUCUUAAAGUUUUUUUUGUCUGUAUGUUGUAAGAAUAGGCAUUAACAUUCACAGAGAGACACACAAACAUGCAUGCAUGCAUACAAGCAAUGUCUCCAGGGGAGGUGUUAAAAUAUGAUCCUUGCAUUUUAAAAGAAGCCAACCAUUUUUAAAGUAGAAGAGGGUGUUUUUUUUAGAUAGAUUAUGUGUUUUGGUGUGUGUGUGUUUUUCCUUUAAAAAGCAUAGCUUUAAUGCAGUUCUAGGCUUUUCUGUAUCUUGCUUGCUUAUGCAUUUAGUCACUUUAUAAGUCAUCUGUAAAUGUUUAUUUUAUUCCCUUUAGGUUUUUAUCCUCUUCACCUUAUAAAUGGUUAAUGUAAUCUUUACAUUAGUAUAUCUUAGUAUACAACAGCAUUAUUAUAUGUUAAUCUUCUGUGCCUGUGGAUUGCCUGUGCAUGAGGCUUCUAGGGGUGCCACCUUAGCAUGGCCACACAAAGGCCCAACGUACUGUUCCAACAAUAAAGAAAAUUUGCAAUAGUGACAUAAUAUAUUUUUGUAACCUUCCUAUUUUUGUAGUUACCUGUGUAUACAAAAACAUACUAGUUUUUACCCAAAAGAUACACAGCCUAAUUAUGUCCAGGUUGAAUCCACGGCUUAUCUUUUUUUAAAAAAAUUGUUUUAAAACCAUUCCAUUUCAAAGCACUUUCAGUUCACUAGGUAUAGGAAAUACUUCCUUUUUGUGUGUGGGAAUUUUUUUUCUUCAAAUGGAAUGGUUUGGAAAUUAUAUACAUAUAAAUAUAUGAAUAUAUAUAUAUAUAAAGUGCUUGUGUGCAAACAUGGAAUUGCAAAGCAAGUGCGUUUUAACUAUGGUGUUGAGGAAAGGUAUGUUUUGGUUUUUUCCUGAAGGUUGUGUUCCAGUCAGAGAAACUGCAUUUACAGAUUGCCAGGAUAUUUUCCUAAUCUUUCAACAGAAAAGUCAUUUAGAAAUCUUUGGUGCCAAUUCAUUCCUUAAAAUAUAAAGUUAGGGACCUGAAAGGUUUACCUACAGGACACAGGUUUUGAGAAUUGUCUCUAGAUGUUUUACAACUGAAGGCUUUUAAACACUAAAAUAUAUAAUUUAUAGUUAAGGCUAAAAAGAAUAUUUAUUUCAGAGGAUGUUCAGAAAGGCCAGUAUAAUUUGUAAAAUAAAUUAUCCCAUUGAUUCCAAGAAAACAACAUAAAUCUUUCUGCCCUUGAUGUAGUUUAAAUUGCUCAUACUAAGAAACAAAAGCAUUUCAAGAGAAUGCUACAUUGAUACAGAGAUCUCCAGUGUAAUGUUAACCAUGAGAAAGCACCAUAGUUAAAAGUGUAGAAUUGGUGUACUUGAAAAAAAAAGUUCUUAAACCAGUAUAUUUCCCUGUUGUUGUUUUUUAAAAAUUCUAGCUACAAAUAGAAAAUUUGCACAUCUUGGCUAUGUAUCUUUCUUUAUUAUUAUUGUAGAAAGUAGCUGAAGGGACAUGGACAUAGCUGUUGAAGUUGAUGCUUGAGGAGAAUGUGAUGGCAAAAUGUAUGUGAGAAACUGCCGCUAAGGUGUUGAUUGUACAAAAAAAAGUUUUUAAAAGGAAAAAAAAAGAGGAGCAGAUGCUCUCAUUUUUUUUUUAUCAAGCUGCUAUGGAUAAAUUCCCAGCAUGAAUUGAAAAAAAAAUUAACAUUGCUUUUCUGUAUCUUUGUCAUUGUGUUUUGCUGCUAUUUUGUGGUCAUUUUUUUGUUUAUACAAUGUCAUAUACUGCCAUGUUAUAGGUUUUAAAUUUUCUCAUAGAAAAUUAUAUUAUUGACAUCAUUUUUUUGGUAGAUUUUUUUUAUGUGAUCAGUUUUACUUAAUGUGAUUACUGCUCUAUUCCAAAAAAAGGUUCCUGUUCCACAAUACCUCAUACUUCAGUUAACCGUGUUUAGAUCAGGUUUUAAUGUCUGUUCACAAUGCCUCAUACUCAUAGUUCUACUGCAAACCGAAAUGCAUCGGACAUUAUUCUGAAUGGGUCUCGCGAUCAGCAACUAGUUUAUGCUAAUUUUAAAACAGCAGUCAUUUCAGAAGAUUGAGUAAUGUCAGGUUCUUUUGUUAUGUGUGUGUGUGUGGUUUUUUUUUUUUUAAUAAAGUGGAUUCUUUUUCUGAUCUGGGGUUUAUUAUCAUAGUAGUUUUAAGCUGUGUUAUUAGCCACAUUUGAUAUAUGAAAGGUGCAUUCUAAUAUAACUCUUAUAUGCCCUUUGAUGUUUUCCAUCAACAGGGAAUCAUCAUGCGGUAUGAUAGGUUAUCUUCUGGAAUUUUAAGUAUUUUGUGUGUUUAAUCUGUUAUGAUAUAUUUAGGGGUUUUUGUUGUUCAUGAUGUUAAUUAUAGCAUAAUGCUAAUUUAAAAAAAAAAGCAACAACCUGUAAAUCUCAUAAGUAAGUCAGCUAACAAGAGUUGUAUGGUGAAGAAUAAUCUAGUUGCCUGUAUGCUGCUAAACCAAAACAGAAUUAGAAAUUCAUUUUGAGGCAAAUGCAGUUAAGAUCCUACCUAAGUUCAUUCAAAUAGAAAAGACAACAGCCUUUGUGAGGCUACUGGCAGUCGCAGGACCCAAGAGGACUGGCUUCGUUCUGUCCAAAUUUCAGGAACAUUUCUUACUGCUUACCUCAUAGACACUUCUGUUUGUGGCAUCUCUGUGUCUCUGAACCAAACAAGAUUAUUAAGUUAGUGGUUGUUGGUUAUAUUAGGUGUUUUCACUGAGAAGCGGCAGUGUGUACUGAAAAUGUUAAGUAUUGUACUGAAAAGGCCAAAUGCUGAUAAGCGGGUUCACGUGCCAACAGAGAUGCUUUAUUUGUCACAUUGUUAUAACGAUCUAUAGAAAGCAAAGCAAUCCAGAUCUGUACUUUAUAUAUAUCUAUAUGUAGGUAUAUAUAAAUAUAUAUAUAGUACUUAUUGGCAUCACUGGUCUGAAAUGCACAUUGUCACCAACAGACCUGUAACGGAUAAGUUUCCAGCAAAAGAAGAAAAAAAACACCCUCCCCCUAAAAGUCUAGAAAUAAAAUUGUAAAA